CCCGGCCGGCCACCCCACCCUCCACCGCCGCACUGACUAGCUAAACCCAAGCCGCAGCAGCCGAGCUUCCCUCCCUCCUCGCUUCUUCCUCACCCUAGCUUGUGCAGCGCGCCGCCGCGGCGUGGUAGUAGGACAGAAGGAAUGGACCUGCUGAGCCCGGAGCAGAUCUCCGAGUUCCGGGAGGCGUUCGCCUUCUUCGACAAGGACGGCGACGGGUGCAUCACGGCGGAGGAGCUGGCGACGGUGAUGGGGUCGCUGCAGGGGCAGCGCCCCGGCGCGGAGGAGCUCCGCGAGAUGAUCCGCGACGCCGACGCCGACGGCGACGGCGCCAUCGACUUCGCCGAGUUCCUGGGCCUCAUGGCGCGCAAGACGGCCGCGGGGGCGGGCGGGGACGGCGACGGCGCCGCCGACCCCGACGAGGAGCUCCGCGAGGCCUUCAAGGUCUUCGACAAGGACCAGAACGGCUACAUCUCCGCCACCGAGCUGCGGCACGUGAUGAUCAACCUCGGCGAGAAGCUGACGGACGAGGAGGUGGAGCAGAUGAUCCGGGAGGCGGACCUCGACGGCGACGGCCAGGUCGACUACGACGAGUUCGUCAGGAUGAUGAUGCUCUCCGACGGCCACCACCACCAAUGAACCGCCGGCCGGCCGGCCGGCCGGCCAAGUAGCUAGCAGCAGGGCUACCGAUUCUUUAUUUGCAUCGACCGACGAUUCCAUUUUCUCUUCUCCGAUAGAUGGAGGAUCAUCUCGAUCUCUCCGCAGCUCUGGGGCUUCUUCCUCCACGUUUAUUCGUUAUCUGUACUGAACUACUGAUCUGAUUAAUCAACAAUUUAUUGGUAUCGUGAUCAA